AGUCGCCCCGCAGCAAAUAACAUUGGACAUGGACAAGCAACGCACAAAACACGCUCAAGCUUCCCGUCCUCUUGCAGUCUUUAUAUAGCGUGUUCAUCGAUCGUACACAGAGAGAACAGACGAGCAACAAUAUCUCCUGUUCCUCUUGCAAGGAGAAAAAUCAGGAGGAGCAAAGUAACGGCGCUGAUUGACAUGGUUCUGACGCACGUUCACGACCUCGACGACGCAGCGGCCGCGUCGGCCGUCGUGUUCGCCUCGAGAUACGUUCAGGACCCGCUUCCAAGGUACGAGCUGGGGGAGAAGUCCAUCUCCAAGGACGCGGCGUACCAGAUCAUCCACGACGAGCUGCUGCUGGACAGCAGCCCGCGGCUGAACCUGGCGUCGUUCGUGACCACGUGGAUGGAGCCCGAGUGCGACAGGCUCAUCCUGGAGGGCAUCAACAAGAACUACGCCGACAUGGACGAGUACCCCGUCACCACCGAGCUCCAGAACCGGUGCGUCAACAUCAUCGCGCGGCUGUUCCACGCGCCCGCGGUGGGCGCCAGCAGCGACGGCAAGGCCGUCGGCGUCGGCACGGUGGGUUCCUCGGAGGCCAUCAUGCUGGCCGGUCUGGCCUUCAAGCGGCGGUGGCAGAACCGGCGGAAGGCGGCGGGCAAGCCCUACGACAAGCCCAACAUCGUCACCGGUGCCAACGUGCAGGUGUGCUGGGAGAAGUUCGCCAGGUACUUCGAGGUGGAGCUCAAGGAGGUGAAGCUCCGGGAAGGCUGCUACGUCAUGGACCCCGACGAGGCCGUGCGGAUGGUGGACGAGAACACCAUCUGCGUCGCCGCCAUCCUCGGCUCCACGCUCACCGGCGAGUUCGAGGACGUCAAGAUGCUCAACGACCUGCUCGCGGCCAAGAACGCCGAGACAGGGUGGGACACCCCGAUCCACGUGGACGCCGCCAGCGGCGGCUUCAUCGCGCCGUUCCUGUACCCGGAGCUGGAGUGGGACUUCCGGCUGCCGCUGGUGAAGAGCAUCAACGUCAGCGGCCACAAGUACGGCCUCGUCUACGCCGGCGUCGGCUGGGUCAUCUGGAGGAGCAAGGAGGACCUGCCCGAGGACCUCAUCUUCCACAUCAACUACCUCGGCGCCGACCAGCCCACCUUCACGCUCAACUUCUCCAAAGGGUCUAGUCAAAUCAUCGCGCAAUAUUACCAAUUUCUUCGAUUAGGCUUCGAGGGGUACCGCAACGUGAUGGAGAACUGCAUGGAGAGCGCUCAGACGCUGCGGGAGGGGCUGGAGCAGAUGGGCCGCUUCACCAUCAUCUCCAAGGAGCAGGGCGUGCCGCUGGUGGCCUUCACGUUCAAGAGCAAGGACGAGACCUCGCUGGCGUUCAAGCUGUCGUCGGAGCUGCGCCGGUACGGGUGGAUCGUCCCGGCGUACACGAUGCCGGCGAACCUGGAGCACAUGGCCGUGCUCCGCGUCGUGGUCUGGGAGGACUUCGGCCGGCCGCUGGCGGAGCGGUUCCUGUCCCACGUGCGGAUGGCGCUGGAGGAGCUCGACCACGCGGCCAAGGGCGGGCCCGUGCCCAGGAUGCGGGUCACCAUCGAGCUCGGACCUCCCGACAGGGGCUCCGGCGAGGAGGCGUCCGCCAGGGUUGUCAAGCGGGAGGCCGUCGUGGUGCCGGUGCACCGCAGCGUGUCGCUCUCCGGCGGGAAGACCAAGGGCGUCUGCUAGAGCGGCAGAUCGAUGGCCCCAACUCUCGGAGUCUCGGUAGUGGUUUGGGCGGAGUACUGAAUAACUACUUGUGUCGACAAAAGGCAAUCUCUCGAGCACCCCAUGAUCGAUUGCAAAGCUAAAAUUUAUCGCCGGUUCUCGUUUCAAUGCACUAUUUCCAAAAUAAAUCGGCUGACAGAGCAUCAAUGAAACGAAUAAUGAAACAACCUUCACAAUGCAUGAGUUUCACUUUGACGUUUCCUAGGCUGGGCAAAGCAUUUAAUUACUACAAAAUGAUUGGAUCACAUGCAAGAUGGUGAAACAAUUUAAUCCUCAGUGGGGAUUUCAUCCCGUUUCACCGCGUGGAAAACAACGUCCGCAGAGUUUCACCAUGAUGAAACUAUUUCCUUCUCUCUCCUCUUCGUUUCAUGCAAAAAGUACAGUUUUGCUGACAUGGCGCUCUAAUAAAUGUGCAUGACAUCCUAGUGAAACCCCCACUGAGACUGGCUUUAUGUAAGGUUGGGUCCAUUGGAAAUUUGGAGUAAAAAA